AUGGGCAUGCAAGAUUUUGAAGUACUUGAAGUGAAGGACUGUCGAUCUAUUGGAGUAGCCUUUGACCUUGAAGGACUUGUUUGGGAAGACGGCAUAUCAGAUAUGGCACUCCCUUCAUUAAAAAAGGUGGGAUUAAGCCAUCUACGAAAGUUGACACAUAUUUGGAAGGACAAUUCACCAGGAAUUCAAGGCUUUCAGAAUCUAAGAUCCUUAAUAGUAAAUGAUUGUGAUAAUUUGAGAAAUCUAUUCUCAUACUCUCUAACCAAACUUCUUGUAAAACUACAAGAAAUAGAGGUAACUGAAUGUGGUAUGAUGGAGUCAAUCAUUGGAAAUGAACCAAAUGCAGAUGAUGCAGUGAUAACAAAUAUGAUCAUGUUCCCUCAACUGAAUAGUCUCAAACUCAGUGAUUUGCCAAACCUCAGUAGUUUCUGCUUUGAGGCUUGUACGUUUGAGGGAUCGUUGUUGAAAACAAUAGAAGUAAUCAACUGUCCCAAAAUGAAGAUACUCCCAUCAGUAUUUCAGCGCAAGCUAGACCAACAAAAGGCAGACUUUUCAACCUCAUCUCAACACCAUCUCUUGGAUGGAAAGUUUAUUUUCAGUAACUGGUUUCUGUACGAAUUUGGAAAACUUACUAUCACAGACAUAAAUGGAUCAAUAGAGAAGUGGCACAACCAACUUGAAGUUGACCGCCUUGACAAAGUGGCAUUCAUGUUGGUCCAAUGUUGCGGGAAAUUAUCAAAUGCGAUCUCGUCGAAUUUAAUACAAAGACUACGAAAUCUACAAGGGCUGAAGGUAUGGUGGUGUGAUUCACUGGAAACAAUAUUUGACCUCCAAGGGUCGGUACGCGCUGGUACUACUGGUGUGGAAUCAAUCAUUUGGCUAGGAGAUUUGAAAUUGAUGUAUUUGCCCAAGUUGAUGCAUAUAUGGAAGAAUGUUUCCCAACAAACUCAUUGUUUCAAAUUUCUAAAAUCCCUAGAAGUGGAGAGGUGUGACAACUUAAGAUAUCUAUUCACAAUUUCCAUGGUCAAGGUCCUUGAGUGUCUAAAUUAUCUAAGAAUUGGAAAUUGCGAGAAAGUAGAAAAGAUUGUCACCAGGGAAGUAGAAAAAGAAGAAGUAUGGAGCAAAAUCAAAAUUUUGAAUGUGGAACUUGAAAAUCUUCCAAGUCUCGUGUGUAUUGGAAUUUCAGAAUCCCAAAUUCAUAUCUCCAAGUUGCGUGUAGAUUUUUGCCCCAAGUAUCGAGGUUUUGAUGUGGAAGGGGAGUAAUAUUUACCAUUUGCUACGGUGCAUCGCCAAUCUCUUUACAGAAAAGGUGCUUUAUUGGGUAUUCUUUUCUUGAUAAAGAAGUUGGAGAAAUAGAUAUUGGCCCUAUUUAUGAAGAAACCAAGGCUACAAGGUGUUCUUAUAUAUGAAGAAUUGUUUAGUUGUUAGGAUUACAUUUGAUCUAUUGUUGGGUUUGUAUAAAUUACGUGUCAUCUCAUUGGUCGGGUUGAUUGUGCUGGCAUAGCUUUCUCUGCUGUGGUAUAACUGGAUUGACUUUAUCAUAAACCAUGUAAUAAUUUGUGUGUGAAUUUGAUAAGUGUGCUUUGUGUCACAGUUUUUAACUGUGACCUUAAGUUCUUAGUCUCAGUUUUUAUAAUAAAAAAAGCGUGAUGUGAGUGUGACUAUUUGUCUGUAAAAGAUCUUGCUUUUUAUGAGAAAGCGUGAUUGUUUAUUGGGU